AUGAAUCCGAUGAAUGGCCCCGGGGCGCCUGCUCUUUGGCAGGAGGCUCGCAACGCCGAUGGAAGGGUAUACUACUACAAUGUCCAGACAAAAGCCACGCAAUGGAAUAAGCCCGUGGAGUUGAUGACGCCCGUCGAGCGUGCUCUGGCAAAUCAACCAUGGAAAGAGUAUACUGCCGAUGGUGGUCGAAAGUACUGGUACAAUACGGAGACCAAGCAAAGCACUUGGGAGAUACCAGAUGUCUAUAAGAAUGCUUUGGCGCAAGCUCAGACGGCCCAACCUCCGCCCGCAGCGGGGCCAACAUUUGUCGCGGGCGGUGUUAGCUCGUUUUCCUCCUAUCCACAGCAACGUGAACGUGACGACUACGACCGAGGAUAUGGCGAUCGGCGUGGUGGAUAUGGCUCCGGUGAUGCCAAUGGGCUUGUGGCUGCCCCUAUGCUGGGGGCGACUACAGAGCCAGAGUACAGUUCAGUUGAGGAGGCGGAAAAUGCGUUCAUGAAGAUGCUCAGACGCCAUAAUGUACAACCGGAUUGGUCUUGGGAGCAAACUAUUCGCGCAACGGUUAAAGAUCCUCAGUACCGUGCUCUGAAAGACCCCAAAGACCGCAAGGCAGCCUUUGAAAAAUACGCGGUCGAGGUUCGCAUGCAGGAAAAGGAUCGGGCGAAAGAAAGAUUCGCUAAGCUCAGAGCAGAUUUCAAUACCAUGCUGAAGCGUCAUCCUGAAAUCAAGCAUUAUAGUCGCUGGAAGACCAUUCGGCCGAUUAUUGAGGGUGAGACUAUCUUCAGAUCUACGGACGAUGAGGAUGAAAGGCGCCAACUCUUCGAGGAGUACAUUCUUGAACUCAAGAAAGAACACGCUGAGAAGGAAUCCGUUAAGCGUAAAGCUGCAAUGGAUGAACUAGUAAAUAUCCUGAAGUCACUCGAGCUCGAGCCGUACACACGGUGGUCUGAAGCGCAUGCCAUCAUCCAGUCAAAUGAUCAGGUGCAAAAUGACGAUAAGUUCAAAUCCCUCAGCAAGUCUGAUAUUUUAACUGUCUUUGAAAACCAUAUCAAGUCUCUUGAACGGGCAUUCAACGAUGCGCGUCAACAACAGAAAGCCGCAAAGGCAAGAAAAGAGCGUCAUGCUCGUGAGCAGUUCACUGAACUUCUGAAAGAGCUGAGGUCUCAAGGCAAGAUCAAGGCCGGCAGCAAAUGGAUGAACAUCUACCCAUUGAUUAAGGAAGACCCACGUUAUCUUGGAAUCUUGGGUAAUUCGGGUUCAUCUCCCCUAGAUCUCUUUUGGGAUGUGGUUGAGGAAGAAGAGCGGUCACUUCGAGGCCCGCGAAAUGAUGUUUUGGAUGUUCUUGAUGACAAACGCUUCGAUGUUACGCCCAAGACUACCUUCGAAGAAUUCAAUACCGUCGUGCUUGCUGAUCGCCGCACAGCCAAUCUUGAUCAAGAGAUCCUUCAGCUUAUCUUCCAGCGCAUUCAGGAUAAAGCAAUUCGACGGACUGAAGAGGAAAAGCAUGCGGCCGACCGUCAUCAGCGCCGUGCUGUUGAUGCCUUACGCUCGCGAAUCAAACGUCUGGAGCCUCCUGUCCGACCGACAGAUACUUGGGAUCAAGUGCGGCCCAGAGUAGAAAAAUACGAAGAGUAUAAGGCCAUCGAUUCGGAUGAACUUCGACAAUCUGCCUUUGACAAGGUUAUUCGCCGCCUCAAGGAGAAGGAAGAGGAUACCGAUCGGGACCGUGACCGAGAUCGUGGUAGCCGACGCGAUCAUUAUGACCGCAGUGACCGUGAUCAUCGUAGUUAUAGAGGCGAGAGGCGAGGAGCCUCUAGUCGUCUUAGUCGUACCCCAGAACCGGAUGCCUACGAGGCAGACCGGCGUAAAGCCCAGGCAGACCGCGAGCGCUCCUACCGGAAGGUUAGUGGGCUCUCACCGGUGCGAGAGAGGCGAGAAGAGCGUGAUCGAGAAAGGGACCGAGAUAGGGAUCGCUACCGCGAGCGUGACCGUGACCGCGAACGUGAUCGUGAUCGUGAUCGCGAUUGGGAACGUGAACGAAGCACUCGUUCUCUCAGCCACUAUGACCGCGAACGCCGCGACCGAGAAGAAGAGCGUGAAAGACUCUAUCGCACCCGCGGUGAUCCACGGGGCAGUCGGGACGAACUGGACUACGGCGCGGACACUCGAAGUACCGUCAGCAAUGACCGUAGGCGCAGGCGUGAUAGCGACACGGAAAGCGUUGCCAGUCGCUCUGCCAAACGGUAUCGUCGCGACAGCCGCGAACGGGAGCGCAGUGGAGGUCCCAAGCGUGAGAAAGACCGUCGCGAGCGCACCCCAGCCGUAGAGGAAGCAAAGAAGGAGGAGAAGGCCGUUCAUUCUGGUAGUGAAGAAGGAGAGAUCGAGGAAGAUUAA